CACUGCUCUACUCAAUCUCAAAAUAUUGCGAGCAGUUGCAAAACUGUCCCUAGACUUAUAUGCCACCUGAGUUUCAUUGUUCGAUUUACCUUCAUCGCACAUGCAUUCGCUUUCGCUUCGACUUUUUGUCGGCGCAGUGAAUAUCGUUCUUAUUUGUCAGAUUCGAAAUGCAGAAUCUUACUGACGACUAGUUUCACCUUCAGCGAUUCGUGCAUAUUUUUUUUCGACUAGUUUCAAUGUUUUUCACGAUCGACGAAACGAUAUGAAUUUCACCAGAUCAUGAUUAUAUAGUAGGUCUCGCCCGUGUGCCGUGGCUCUGGCUGUUGACUUUUUGCAAAGCACGCAACAUUUACAUUUUCGACGUUUAGGGGAGAAGCUUUACAUUUUCCAGAUACAUGUUCAUCGAUCCGAUCACCAACAGCACAGCAACACUGCGUACAUUCCCUGCCUGGUAUUGCUAGGGAAACCUGGUGGUCCGUUGGUUGGUGCUGACGAUGAUCAUCGCUGGGUGAUGGCGUGAGCCGCGUUUCGGAAUCACCAGUGCAGUAGAAAUAACGUCGCUAAAGAACUGCGCUGCUUAUAAUCGCAAUCGGGCCCGGGCGAUGAAAUACAACGCGGAACCUGGACACUAAAGCAUCUUCAACAAGUUCACGUUACAGACACAGCGUAAAUGUAAUUACAGCUGGGGAUACAAGAAAAACUGAAGACAGAAUUGUAAGAACAACCGAACGACGUCGAUUCAUCUUCUCCAGCUCCACAGCGACAACAUAAUUCGCGCUCGCAGCGAGCAAAUCAGAAAGUAGACCUGAUUCUUCGAGAGCGGACAGUGAUUCUGAUUGAGCUCCUUGACCCGCAGCGUUUUACUGCUGGAUGCCUGGUUACAGCGGAAGUCAGCCCGGCAUGUACGACACCAGCGACCUCCGAGUCCGGUCGCGCGGACCUAAUUACGCCGGGGGACCCUCGCCGUCUUCCUCAAGCACAGCUCCGAAUAAUGCUUUUUCAUUUUCCUACGCCGACGUGUUCAGAGAUCCGGAAAGCGGUUUAUCCGGCGGCGGACCCCCCGGCGGGGCUUUGCUGCCCGGCGCACGAGGCGGCGGCAACCGACCUGCGAUGACGCCACAGAUGAAAAUGAUGUUUUCAUUGCUGUGUGGCGCGGCGGCAGCAUUGCACGCGGAUUUGAAUAUGGCGGCGCCCCACCUUUCCAGACUUGCGGAAGACUUCGGUAUACAUAGCUUUCAUCUUUUUUGAUACCCACCGCAUUAUAUCUCGCAAGUGGUUCUGGCUCUGCUACUGCCUGCUUCAGCGCCUUCUUUGUAUAUGCUGGUGAUCAUUACUUCUCCAGUGGGCCGCACUAUCGUGUAUUUACUUUCGUCCGUUUUGGGUUUUGCACACGAAAGAACGAGAUCGCUUUGGCCAGCACGACUGCGUCGCUCACUUUUUUCAGGUCUGACGCCCAUGGAGAAGGACGCCCGUCUCGGUGGUCUGGUGCAGCUCGGUUUCUUCAUAAUUGGCGGCGCGUGCAGCGUUUUUGUGGGUCCAAUUGCGGACAAGAGCGACCGGGCGAUCAUGCUGACCGGAUUACUGUUUCUUUCGGCGGUGCUGAACUUGUCCAUUGCGUCGUUCCUCCCGAACAGCUAUCCUGUGCAAAAGUAUCGUACUCGUAGUAAUUGCAGUCAUGCAUUAUCCAAGGUAAAACAGCAUGACAAAUUUCAUUUCUCAUGCUGAGCAAAUUUGUCAUGCGAUUUAUACUAGUACGAUACAUUUGCAAUGCAUAACAGCAAAGUGGGGUUUUUCUACUUCUUCCUGUGCCGCGUCGCCUCCGGGGUGAGUAUCGGGGGGUGCUUUCCGGUCCUCUACUCCUAUGGAAGCGUCAGGUUUGAAAUCGUCAAAGUUGAAAUAGUUUGUCAUGCAUAAAACGGAUACCAGUUAGACCUACAGUUUGUAGUCGGUGCAUGACAAAUUUUCCCGGUCCUGGAAGCGAGUCUGUCAUGCGUUUUAGGGCAAAAGAGCUGCCUUCUGUCAUGCUAGUCAGCAGUCCAACUUAUGACCCUUGCCAGGACUUUAAUCUGCCUCCCGUGCUUCCUCUGCAAUAGAGUCACUUUUUGCGUCGCAUUUUAUGCAUGACAAAUCAUUUCAACUUUGCCGAUUUCAAUCCUGACACUCCCAUAACUCCCUCUGCGGAGAUAUGUUUCCCUCCUCCCAACGCAGCUUCGUGGCCGCGUCGAUUGGCGCUUCGGCUAACGUCGGGGCCGCGGUAGGGAGCAUGUUUUCCGGAAUGAUCGGUGGGGACGGUGCCUGGCGCACGCCGUACUUUCUCGCCUCUAUCCUGCAGCUCGCCGCCUCGGUUGCGGUGCAAAUGUUUCUGAAAGAUCCCCGCAUGGCCUCUGCUGGAUCUGCAAGUGCGGGCAGCGUGUCGGGGCCAGGUAUAUGUUUGUAGGUUUGAACUUGAAGUCUAACUCUAACUAAAGUUUUCCAGAUUUUGCUGGUGCAUCUUCAAGUUAAAGACCAAGAAGAUGACUUUUUUAUAUGCUCGUGCAAGAUGCCUUGGCGUUUUCUCGCCACGUAGAAAAGAAAUAGGAGCGAUAGCUUUCCUAGGCAUCUUGAACUCCACUGAAGGUAUUAUUUUUAUUAGUUGAUCUUGAAGAAGAAGAACACUUUAACACAUUCGAAUAUUCACGUACUAUUGCAGAUAAAAGCGCAGAUUGGGCCGCUGCCUGGGCGGGAGGGAGACAAGCUUACACAGAAAUGCAAGCAGAGCAAGGAUACAUACGGAUGGAGGACAUGGAUUUCGGCAAGUUUCGUGACAUCGCCCAUGUCGAGUCGAAUAAGAUUCUCCUUCUCCAAGCCAUUCCCGGAUGUGUCCCAGUGUCCCUCAUACUCACAUUCCUGCCGGAUUAUCUAAGUAUUUCUUUGUCCAUCUUUUGUCAAUGUUUCAGAGUUUCAGUAACUUUUCAAGUUCACGUUAAUUUACUCGAUUCUGGAUGUGUCGGUGUGAAUCAUCUGUGCGCUUUGUAGUUUUUGGCUAGUGCGACGAAGAGAGACGUCUCGAACUUUUAUUCAUUGUCUUUCGAACUAUCAGCGAAACUCCAAAACAAAGCAAAACACAAACAGUAUCCGAGCAGAAGAUGACAGUGCAGAGCACGGUGUUGGUCCAAAGUGCUUGGGGUGUAGCAAGUCUUGCACUGACGUUCAGUGGCGGGGCUCUUGGCCAGCGACUCUACGAGACGAACAAGAAUCAGUUUUGCCGUUUUCUCGCGCUUUGUUGCGCCCUCGGCGUGCUGCCAUUCCUGUUGUUGAUCAACUGCAGUCCCGACUGGAUAGCAAACGCAAGUACUGGCCGCGCCACCGUUUUCUCGGUAUUGCUUGCCGGCUUCGGGGGCCUGGUGGCCGUGGCCGGGCCGAACGUGCGUGCCACGCUUAUGAACCUGAACGAGAGUGGCCAACGGGGAACCGUUUUCUCCGCGCUCACACUGUGCGACGACUUGGGCAAGGGGCUGGGUCCCACCGUAAUCGUGCUCCUGGUCACGUUAUUCGGCCGCCGACUCGCGUUCUCGAUUGCCUUCUGCUUCUGGUUUUUUUCCGCCGGUCUGUUGUACUCGUUGAAGGGUUCGCUUGCACGAGACUCCCACAAUACCUCCAUCGGGCUGCGGCAAAGCCGAUACGAGUAGGAUUGUCUUCCGGAAAAGACAGUGCGUAUGCGCAUCACGAGAGCUGAUUGAAACUUUCCCAUGGAACAGCAUGGUGAAAUCACGCGACAAUAUUCUUCUUGAAGUGCUGCUGUAAUGUUAUCUCCAAGAGAGAUGUUGUGGACGGAGCCAGAAACAAAGCAAUGCCCAAGAUUUUUCAAUCAU